AUGGUCGUUGGACCGCUCCGUCGCCACAGGAAGGGAGGGGGGCAAGAAAUGGGGAUGAGAUGCCACGUCGUCGCGGUGCUGGGCGUGGCCUGCACUGUGGCCGCCGCCGUCGCCGCCGACAGGGAGCUGUCGUUCGCCGGCGCCGUGGCGCCGCCGGAGGAAGCGAGCUACCUGCGCAAGCUGGCCUGCUCCCUGUGGCAGAGUGACGGAACCACCUACCACCACGUGUGGCCGCCCAUGAAAUUUGGGUGGAAAAUCGUGUUGGGGUCAUUCAUUGGAUUCUUCGGGGCAGCGUUCGGCAGCAUCGGCGGUGUAGGUGGUGGUGGGAUCUUUGUGCCGAUGCUGACCCUGAUCAUUGGCUUUGAUCCCAAGUCAUCCGCGGCGAUGUCAAAAUGUAUGAUCAUGGGGGCUGCCGUGUCAACCGUGUACUGUAACCUCAAGCUGAAGCACCCGACAUUGGACAUGCCAGUGAUAGACUAUGAUCUGGCCCUACUCAUUCAGCCCAUGCUCAUGCUAGGGGUCAGCAUUGGGGUUAUCUGCAAUGUGAUAUUCCCUGACUGGCUCGUCACAGUCCUCUUGAUCAUUCUCUUCAUAGUUACUUCAACCAAAGCUUUUCUGAAGGCUGUAGAAACAUGGAAGAAAGAGACGAUAAUCAUAACGGAGACAGCAAAACAAUCACAGCAAACAAACGAAGAACAGGUGUACAUGCCGCUGUCUGCAGGACUUGACGCCGCAUCUCAGUCUGAAAUUCUGUCAGAUGAUGAUCAAAAUGAAACCCCAUCAGACGAAGCGGUAUCCAUUUGGAAGAAUGUUUACUGGAAGGAGGUUGGCCUUCUUGCCUUCGUUUGGGUAGCAUUCCUUGCGCUUCAAGUCACUAAGAACUACAUGGCAACUUGCUCCAUCUGGUACUGGGUUCUGAACUUACUCCAGAUCCCUGUGUCUGUUGGGGUGGCCAUGUACGAAGCAGUAGGUUUGGUGCAGGGGAGGAGGGUGAUAUCAUCAAAGAAGAACGAGCAUAACAGCCUGAGAGCUCAUCAGCUAUUGGUAUACUGCUUCUUGGGCGUCACUGCUGGUGUCGUCGCCGGUCUGCUUGGCGUUGGUGGGGGCUCCAUCAUGGGGCCUCUCUUCCUGGAGCUCGGUGUUCCUCCGCAAGUCGCAAGUGCUACAGCCACCUUCGCGAUGAUGUUCUCAUCUUCCAUGUCCGUCGUAGAGUACUACCUCCUGAACCGGUUCCCUGUGCCAUAUGCUGUCUACUUGACCAUCCUGGCGUUUUUCGCUGCGAUCAUUGGCCAGAGGGUUGUGAGGAAGCUAAUUGAUCUGCUAGGGCGGGCGUCGAUCAUCGUCUUCAUAUUGUCCUUCAUGAUCUUCAUCAGCGCACUCUCUCUAGGCGGAGUCGGCAUCUCCAACACGAUCCACAAGUUCGCACGGCAUGAGUACAUGGGAUUCGAGAACAUCUGCAAAUAUGACGCGUAG